GUGGAUAACAGUGUCCGGGGGGAGGUGGGUGGUCGUCAGCAUGGCAGCUGGCGCCCAGGGAGAGAGUGACAAGGAGGAAGAAGAAAGGGGAGGGGAUCCGACAUUAACGCAAGACAACAAGGAAACGACCACGACGGAGCCUUCAUUUUAUGCUUUACCACAACAACCCGAGCCGCCGGGAGCACGGGGAGAAGGCGCAUCGCCGACCGCGAGCGAUAGAAAGCCUCCGUAGCGACUGCACGCUCAAGCGGCCGCUUCCCGAGCUGGAGCGACUCGUUCCCGGCUCACUCGGAGCCAUCAUGGAGGUGCCCAGCUCACCCCAGGUGGUGGAGGACGGUGGCGAGGAUGAGGAGGAGGAACUGAGCGGCGGCGAAGAGACCGACUUGCGUUGCAGCUCGGGCCGGAGCUCGCUGCUCACCCGGCGGGGCAUCACGCUGCGGGUUCUCCUCAAGGACGGCCUGGUGGAGCCCGGUGAUGGCGUGCUGGCCAUCCACUACCUGGGUAAGAACUUCAUCGGGGACCUGCUGAACGACGGCAAAAUCCGCUGGGUGGAGACGGGUCAGAUCUUCAACUCGCCGAGUGCUUGGGCCACUCACUGCAAGCGUCUGGUCAACCCGGCCAAGAAGUCCGGUUGCGGCUGGGCGUCGGUACGCUACCGCGGACAGAAGCUGGCCCAGUACAAAACCACCUGGCUGCACAAGUAUCAGCCCAGCGCUGACAUGAGCCUGGUGAGCGAGGAAGACGACGACGAGGAUGAAGAGGAAGGCAAGUCGGCCAUGCAAACUGAAGACAAGAACAAAAACAACAAACCUGGAGGAUUACAUGACGCUAUGGCCCCGAGAAGGACGGACCGGGAGAGGAUCCCAGUCAGAUAUUGCACUCUGGGCACAAGGGACGUUACCAGAGACCCCCACACGCUGGUGGAGCUGUCAGCCUUUUCGGCCAUUAACAGGUUCCAGCCUUUCAACGUGGCCGUGUCCAGCAACGUUCUGCUGCUCAUGGACUUCCACUGUCACCUGACCACCAGUGAAGUGGUGGGAUACCUGGGAGGACGUUGGGACACAAACACACAACUGCUGACCGUCUUACGGGCGUUCCCUUGCCGAACAAGGCUGGCGGACAGAGAAGCUGCCUCUGCUGUCGAGGAGGAGAUCUGCCAGAACUUGUUCAUGCGCGGCUUGUCGUUGGUGGGCUGGUACCACAGUCACCCUCGGGGUCCAGCCCUGCCAUCGCUGCAGGACAUCGACUCGCAGAUGGACCACCAGUUGAGGCUGCAGGGCUCCAACAACGGCUUCCAGCCAUGCCUGGGCGUCAUCUGCGGACCGUACUAUCACGGCAAUCAAGGUGUGGCCUCCACCAUAACACCGUUCUGGGUCGUACCACCACCUGAGCAAAGGCCCAGCGACUACGGGAUCCCCGUGGCUGUGGAGGUCACGUAUGUUCAGGACAACUUUCUCACCAGUGACGUCCUCAACGAGAUGGUGCUGCUGGUGGACUUCUACAAGGACGCGCCCGACCUCGUCCACUUCCACCAGUACUGGUGUCCCGACACCACCAUGAUGGACAAGAUCAAGGGCUCACUGAGUUGUCACGCCCCCAAGGACCAAGCCUACUCCCAGAUCCUGGAGCACGUCUACAGCCAGCUGAGUGUCGCUCAGUGAGACGAAAGUCUUACGUCAGUUUGUUUUUGUUGCUAAGGUUUGUCGAGGUUACACUGAGGUGAUUUCACUGUAUCAAUGACAGGGUUUCAAGUUUUGCGGUCUCGGGGGGAGAAAUUAAGAGUAACAUAAGGCUUUGAUUCUUAAAAAAAAAAAAAAAAAAGAAAAAGUAGUUUGUGAACACCUUUUGAAUAGUGCUUGUUUCCCUUUUUUAAUUUAUUACUGCACCUGCAUGAGAACAGAGUGAUGCCUUAAGCCUGCUGAUUGCUGUUCCAUAAAACAUUAUUACCAAUACACACUGGAAAUAUUUAAAACACAUCCGUCUUUUUUUUUUUAUAAAUAUUUUUGUCCAAUACAGUAUCAAAAAAUAAAUUCACAUUUCCUUUU